AGAAAUUUUAGUUUAGAAAAUUCGAUAAAAAUUGCCAUUUUAAUUGUUGCCGGCUGGCAGUAAAGUCAUUUUUGACAGUUGAUUAUCAAAUUAAACUGCAAAAAUGCCCGGUUAAUUCGUAUGGAAAUAGAGUACAAUUCGUGUGCAGCAGCCCGCAGGAACCAGCAUAAAGCCAGUGUGUCCAUCAUUCGUGCAUUCAGGCAGAUGAUUGUGGGUGAUAGCGGCUGCUUAGCAGGGGCGGGGGUCAUAACAGUGCUCAUUGAAACCGCGAAAAACCACCACCAACAUGGACUUCGAAACGUUGGCCUCAGGACUUAAUUGCACCCCGCCGGCAAUAGAUGACUUUCCCAGGGACUUUUUCACGGAGCAGCAGCGGCAGGAUGGUGCGGUGGUUGUGCACGUUCUUGUGUCGCUCUACCUCUUUGUGGCGUUGGCCGUUGUCUGUGAUAAAUUUUUCGUACCCGCCGUUGAAAAAAUAUGCCACGCGUUAAAUAUGUCGGCGGACGUGGCAGGGGCGACGUUUAUGGCGGCAGCGACGUCGGCUCCCGAACUGUUCGUGAACGUGAUCGGUACGUUCAUCACGGAGGGAGACAUCGGCGUCGGUACGAUCGUCGGUUCCGCCGUCUUCAACAUACUGGCGGUGGCGGCGUGUUGCGGCAUUGGCGCCGGCAUGUGUGGAGUAAAAGUGGUGCCCUUGGAUUGGUGGCCUCUGACGAGAGAUUGUCUGGCAUACGGCAUCACAGUUUCCAUACUUAUUUGCAUCAUCCACGAUGAGAGAGUCGAAUGGUACGAGGCCCUUAUUUUGGUCCUGCUUUACACAGUGUAUAUAUUAAUCAUGUACUUUGACAAGUCCAUCCAGAGGUGUGCCAGAGGUGGUUUAAGACAUGCACAAAAACACUCGAGAUCGCACAGUUCUUUGAGCACUCAAUCUAAGGCACAAACUAUAGAGGCUGCUGAAGCCCAUCUACCGCUGCGUCCGCAGAACGAAAAGGAGUCCGUCAAUUGCGGCGACCAGCCAACGCACAUCGUUCCACCGGCGCAUCUGAAUGGAUCCGUCAAGGUUCCGGUGCACGAUGCCCUCGAUACCGACGAGAUGAACAACAAGGUGGACGCCAAUGCAACUGUGGAGGCCAAGGAGGAGGAGGAACACCGUCACAGCCUCUGGAAGUGGCCCUCUGGACAAGGGAAAUUCACACAGGCAACAUGGAUUUUAACAUGGCCCAUACACUUGGUCUUCUUAUUCACAAUCCCAGAUUGUGAAAAGCCAAGAUUCAAGAAGUGGUUCCCUUUGACGUUCUUAAUGUGCAUAGUAUGGAUUGGAUCUUUGUCCUACGUGGUCGCAUGGAUGAUAACCAUAAUCGGCGACACACUGAAAAUUCCUGACUCCGUCAUGGGCAUCACAUUCCUGGCAGCUGGCACAAGUGUUCCGGAAGCAGUAUCCAGCGUGAUUGUGGCCAAACAGGGUCACGGGUCAAUGGGUAUCAGCAAUUCGAUCGGAUCCAACACGUUUGACAUAUUGCUAUGUCUGGGUCUGCCCUGGUUUAUCAAGGCCACUUUUAUGCCGACUAUUGCGGGCAAACAUUGGGUCGGAAUAAACUCCGCAGGAAUAGAAUACAGCGCCAUCUCGCUCCUGUCGUCCCUGCUGAUGUUGUAUGUGGCCUUCGCCCUGAACAAAUUCAAGCUAGACAAAAAAGUAGGGCGCAUCUGUCUGCUGAUGUACGCCAUCUUCCUGAUACUGGCCAGCCUCAUCGAGCUGAACGCAUUCUUCAGAGUAAAUCUGCCUACUUGCGGACGAUGAGGCAUAGACGACUGUUGGUGGUGCGUGCGUGAUUUGCAGUAAUCUGUGCAUUCAAUGUGCCUUCACAGAUGCUCAAUCCCCGAACAAGUACAAUAAACAAUCUUUAACCCGGU